AUGCGAAUCACAGGAAAUACGUUUCCUCUUGCCGCAGCUGCUCUUGCGUUGGUUGAUACUGCCAGUCGAUUCGGUCCCUCCGUUGAACAUUGGCCAAACGUCAAUAGAGACUGAUGUUAUGUUGGAGAAUCAUCAGACUCCGACUGAGGUUGAGCAAAGCAGUGACCCGUGUGCGGAGAUUCUGCAUGAGGAGGAAGCAUCGAUGGCCAAUGCGUUUCUCAUGUAGCCAAUGCUACGAAACCAACUGGAUGGACGCCCCACAAUCCUUCAGCGACCACGCAGUCCUUUCCUGAUCUGUAAGGUUCAUACAUGGCCAAGUUCGCAUCCUAUACUUCAAGAUCCACUAUAAGACAAGCACGAGAUUCAGAUUGCGCGGCGGAGGCCAUCUCAACAGAAGCGACGGAGAUAUCUAUCUAACAUUCUGUAUAAUCAAGAUUCUUCCCAGAAUUAGACCUGGACCUUCUUCUUAAUUACACCAUGAGCAGAAUUCUUAUCACAGGUGCAACUGGGCACGUUGGCGGUACUGUACUUUCUCAACUUAUAGCCAGUAGUGCCCCAAGCAUCAAGGAUCUCACCUUCGAUCUCCUCAUUCGCGACGAAGCGCAGGCUGUGAAACUCAGAAACGCGUACGGUUCUCGCAUUAAUACCAUCAGAUGGUCUGGCCUUGAGGACACGGCUUUCAUUGAAGACACAGCCUCAAAUUAUGAUAUUGUCAUCAAUACUGGCUCUGGUUUCAUUCCUGAAGGUGCCAUUGCCUUUGUAAAUGGUCUCGCACGCGGUAUCAAUACCGGUAAACCCGCACCGUGGAUGUUGCACAUAUCCGGUUGUACAAACUUAUCCGAUCACCGUGGAAGGAUCCUCGACUUCAUGGGAGCGCUCGAUGAGAUGGAGCCAUACGCGCAGCGCACGACCGAAGUCGGCGUCUUAAAUACGGCUGCUGAAACUGGUGUACAGGCUAUCAGUGUCAACACACCUUGCAUCUUUGGCGAAGGCACUGGCCUGUUCAACCGCCAAGGUCUAGUCAUCCCUUUGAUCAUGAUGUACGUUGUACAGCAUGGCUACGGUUGGAAGCUCAACGAAACUGCGAACUUCGAUUGGGUCCACGUCAUCGAUCUCGCCGAUAUCUAUGUUCUUCUCGUACGCACCAUCCUUGAACGCGAUGACCGCGGUGUCGGUUAUCUUCCAUCCGGCAGGAAUGGCAUCAUGUUUUCGGCGGUCGGCCGCACCCUCAUCAAGGAGAUCAACCAGGGUUGCUUGGAUGCAGCCUUCGCUGACGGUACCUUACCACGCGAUGAUACCCCCAAAGAGAAGGAAAUCAGACUUGUACCGCUGCAUGAGAUUGCGGACAAGCUCACCGCAGGCCGUCGCGAUAUCGCGGAGCGUGGCUGGGGCGGGCAUAAGGCUACGAAAGCGGUGCAAGCACGCAGGUUAUUAGGCUGGGAGCCAAAGCGACUGCAGAAUGCUUGGAAGAAGGACUUUGGGGCUGAAUUAGUCGCCCUGAAGGAGAACAGGCGGAUGGUGACGAUGGAGAGCUGCAUUGGGGCCAAGAAGUAA